CAACCUGUCCGAAGGAUCGCGCGCUAUACUCUAUCAAGAUUCGGCGAACGCCCCACUGCACCACAAAUGGGGCAGGCUGCGAUGAAUGCAUCGCCACAACCGGUGUGACUGUUCUUGUCAACACAAUCUGAAAAUACAUUAUGUUCGACAUAAAACAAUGUAACCAUCAGCAACACUCUUCUAUGACAAAAGAUAACUUGACCCCAUCGCUCUGGUCAAUUUCAGUCAAACAAACAAAACGUUCCGAAAUAUCAUCAAUCCAACACGUCAACAUUUCAUCGAGCGCCUUUUGGCGAUCGAAUGUCUCGAAAACUUUGGCGGUCCUACGCUCCAUUUCAACGCCCGAGAUAACGCCCAGAAUCCGGCGUGGGACAAUGAAAAAAAUUAAAGAGAUGAGAUGGACGUGCACCCAUUGCCUCCGGUUACUCAAUCAUUUACAUUUUGACAACCACUCUUUGCUGCGUCUAGGCUACAGGAAGCCAUUGCCGGGCACUCAAGCUGCCCUUCCGUGUACAUCAUGGGAACCAACUGGUCACGUAGCCUCUAAAGCUGUCCAGAAGAGCAGAGGAGCAUUUUCUCAAGCGGAAAUAAAAAGGCUUAAACGCCAGUAUGCUAUCGCGGUGACUCUCAACUGGGGCCAAAGCAGAUAUUCGCAAGCCGCUUGGAGCCGCCUGACCGAUUACCAAGAUGCUGGGGUGGAGGGGUUCAAAGACAUGUCGUUGUCAGCCUUCGAGUUGCUAACGGCACUCAAAGAAACACGUCUACUGGAUAAUGCAGCCAAGUCGGUAGAGGGGCAAAUCUGUGGUUAUAAACGUCGCUUGCGACGAUGCAACGAAUGUCGAUACCAACUGGGUGACCUCAGGUCGCACAUUAUUCCUGCGACACAAAACCCGGGCAAUGUAUCAUAUCUCACAGGGGCUCGCAUUGGGACGGAAAGCGUACCCAUUGUCAGGAGCCGUCACCUUCCAUUCGCAAGUUUCGCUCAUAGAUACUUCCCGAGCUUGUUCACAAAUUUGGCAUCCUACACUCCACUCGUAAAUGAAGCUCCUACCUUCCAAAUUUAUAGGCAAGACUCACGAGAUCGUUUCUUUACCACUUACAGAAUCCGGUGUCCUGGGUGCGAAAUUUGGAAAGAGAUGGCUAAUUUCCGCUGCGGUAAUCUCUGGCCGAAGUGGUGGCCAGCGCAUCGUCAUCGCUGGGGUAGUAAUUAUUUCAAGAAUUGGGAUGAGACACCGGUCAACAAGGAUUUCAUUGAUUCAUUACAAUGUAAUUCAUGUUAUUCAACCUCGCACAGUCGAGACGCACUCGCCAAGGUUUUAUUGUCUUGGUAUUGCCAAGUCCUUGUGGCCGAGCUGUGGCUAUUGCAUAGGCAUAUUACUUUGGGUUGGAGUCUGCUCUGGGACUCGGUCGACGUCGAUCAAAACAGGAUAAGCCCUGGAGACUGGUACGCCUUAAAGAAGUACCACUUCGAAAUUCGGACCGAGAUCCUGGCCGGAUUGCCGUACAAAAACACAGAAGCUUCGGAUGGGUCAAGAAGACAGGUCACUUACAUCGAGGCGGAUUCAAACACGUUAUAUAUGAUGAACCAGAGACACAAGCAGGUCCUUCGAAAUUGGGACAGAUGGUUCAGGCAAAAGGAGAACGACCCUGAUCAUGACGCGGUUGAAUGGAAUGACUGGUUCCAGUCAUGGUUACAUGGAUAUGACAACCUCGAAGCGCAGUGGGUAUGGUUCAGAGACUGCCAGAAAGAACUUCUAACAAAGCCUGAAGCCGUUAUUGAGUGGGCACUCGGCGACAAAGGCGGUGUUGACGUUCAGCCCCAUGACAUCUGGAAGCAAGUCGCCACGAAGCUGAGUAAGAACUGGACAUCACCAGAGAUAAUGGAACUGUGA